AUGAUUUCAAGAAUUCAUUUCAGUGGUACCAAACGCCUCCCCAAAAAGGCAUCCUUUCGUUCUCCCUUGGCUACCUGGCUCACCAUGUCUAUAUAUAUUGGCUGAAAAUAUUUAUCAAACACUUCAUAUAUCCUUUACCAUUUAUCUCCAGUGAUUUUGGAAACGAUUUGAAAAAUGGGUCGGAGCGGAGAUGAGCAGCAAAAGAAUGGGUUACUGGAGGCGAGAUUACUGGAUAGAGAUGAGGAAGAAAGAGCGUACGAGUCCUCGGAGAAAGUCCACAUAGUGGGAGUCGACGAGGCGGAGACUGAGGAGGAGGACUAUACGAAAACGCCGCCGUUUUCAUGGAAGAAGCUGUGGCUCUUCACGGGGCCCGGGUUUUUGAUGAGCAUUGCUUUUUUGGACCCGGGGAACCUGGAGAGCGAUCUUCAGGCGGGUGCAAUUGCGGGGUACUCUUUGCUGUGGUUGCUGUUGUGGGCUACGGCUAUUGGCUUGCUGGUCCAGCUCUUAUCUGCCCGGCUUGGGGUGGCCACUGGAAAGCACCUAGCGGAGCUUUGCAGGGAUGAAUAUCCAAGGUGGGCUAGAAUUCUGCUGUGGGUCAUGGCGGAGCUGGCUCUCAUUGGAGCUGAUAUUCAGGAGGUGAUUGGCAGCGCCAUUGCCAUCAAGAUUCUCAGUCAGGGGUUCUUGCCUCUCUGGGCUGGUGUAGUCAUUACUGCUCUUGACUGCUUCAUCUUUCUAUUUCUUGAGAACUAUGGUGUGAGGAAGCUGGAAGCACUUUUUGCUUUCCUUAUUGCUAUUAUGGCACUGUCAUUUGCAUGGAUGUUUGGAGACACAAAGCCCAGUGGUGCUGAGCUUGUUCUUGGUGUUUUGAUCCCAAAACUUGGGUCAAGAACAAUAAAGCAGGCAGUGGGAGUUGUGGGGUGCAUUAUCAUGCCUCACAAUGUGUUUCUACAUUCUGCUCUGGUACAAUCCCGCGACGUUGACAAGCGCAAGAUUGGCAGAGUUCGCGAGGCGCUAAACUACUACUCGAUCGAGUCUGCAGCUGCCCUCGCAGUUUCGUUCAUCAUUAAUCUGUUUGUGACAACUGUGUUUGCAAAGGCAUUCUUUGGGACAGGCCAGGCUGAGAGCAUUGGUCUGGGGAAUGCUGGGCAGUAUCUUCAGGAGAAGUAUGGUGGGGGGUUGUUUCCAAUUAUUUAUAUAUGGGCUAUUGGGUUGUUGGCUGCAGGGCAAAGUAGUACCAUUACAGGUACCUAUGCUGGGCAGUUUAUCAUGGGAGGAUUUCUGCAUUUGCAGUUGAAGAAAUGGCAGAGGGCAUUGAUAACAAGAAGCUGUGCUAUUAUCCCAACUCUCAUUGUUGCCCUUGCUUUUGACACAUCUGAGGACUUGUUGGAUGUUCUGAAUGAAUGGCUCAAUAUUCUCCAGGCUAUCCAAAUCCCUUUUGCCCUCAUUCCCCUUCUCUGUCUUGUCUCAAAGCAGCACCUCAUGGGUGUUUUCACUAUUGGCCCUAUUCUCAAGGUAAUAUCAUGGAUUGUGGCCACCUUCCUGAUUGCAAUCAAUGGAUAUCUUAUGGUGGACUUCUUCUCUUCAGAAGUUAAUGGAGUGCUGUUUGCAUCUGCUGUUUCUGCAUUUGCAGCUGCAUAUGUUGCAUUCAUAGUAUACCUGGUUUCAUGGGGCAUACCAUUUUCCAGAAACAAGAAUUGAUCCAAACAAUCCCAAAUUUACUCAUUCCGCGUGGCUCUCUUUUGAUUGAAGAUCGAUGGUGAUUGAGAAGGAUAAUGAAGAAGACAUUGUUGGGGCAGACAGUAGCAUGUAGGCAUUCACCAAAAUCUUUCAUGAUUUGAAGUGACAAUAAGACUUAUUUUUAGCAGCAUGGUUAGUGUUUGAUUUCUGCCACAAAUAAUGGUGGUAGAUUUGGGUUUGACUCCUUGUAUGCAAAAAUGUAGUGUUAGUCUUGGAAUUCAAUUGGCUAAUUUAAUUCUUCAUGCUUUUGGUUA